AUGGAUACAGUGGAUCGGGUUAACAAAAUUUGCUUGGCUCUGGCGCGCUGGCUUGAAACAGACAAGGAAUACGCACAGGCUCUUUUGCUAGAGCUGGAAGAGAUGCAUAAAGUCCAGGUAUGA